CUCUGCUUUAAGUAUCAUUACCUUGGUAUCUUAUUAUCCUUUUUGGCUAAUCUUUCAGGUAUGGCAAUUCUCUCGUCGAAAUAUGCAAGUCGCUCAAAACCGCCGAGGUUCAGGUUGCCGAGAUGGCGCUGUGCAUACAGAACCACUGGAUGCGAACACGAAAACAACUAAAAUUCAUCCAGCGUGUAUCUGAUACCUUGGAUAAGGAUCAUCGAGAUAUUCAGAACCAGAUUGUGCGAGCUCUGAUUAACAAGCUAAGCGCUGCGACCACCAGCCUCGGAAAGGUUACGGAAACAUAUCGUGGACUUGGUGGUAGGCCGGAAAUAAGAGUCGAGAAAUGGCGAUACAUACGGCUCAAAGAGAGCCUACAACAGACAAUGGAUGACUUGGAGGUCUGGCAGAAAAGGUUCGAUCCCAGCUGGUUUCUUAUUAUGAAAGUCGCAAACCCCAUGAUCGACUUGGAGCUGUCCAGAGACAGCCAGAUGCAAAACCAAUUGCCUUCUGCGCUCAGCGUAAGAAAAGCCGCGACUGGAGGCCCACAGAGCAGAAGUUCGGUCUUCUUGGAUAAGGACGCGCUAGAAUCAGCCGAGAAGAUUGACAUACCCUACACAUCGGCGAAGUGGGCACAGCGACAAGGAUCCGCAAAGUGGCUAGUUCUCGAUACUAUGGCCGUUGAUCCGCAGCUGGACAUUUCAAGACUCAUUCAGGAUGUCCGAGACCUCGCCAGGAAACUGUCCUGCUCCGAUCCAGCGACAUUCGGGUUGCUCAACUGCUAUGGAGUGAUCAAAGAGACGGAUCCUUCCAAUCGUAGAAAGGUGAAUUCGUUCUGCUUUGUAUUCAGGACACCUGCGAGAGCACCUCAAGGUACCAGUCUGCGCAGUCGUCUGAUAUGUGGAAAUACCGAGCACUCGCUCUCUGAACGAUUCCGAAUUGCCAAAGAGGUGGCGAGAUCGGUAUGCUACAUGCACACACACGGGUUCGUCCACAAGAACAUCCGGCCGGAAACCAUCCUCCUCCUUCAAAGUGAGUCCACCGGCUUUGGCUCUUCGUUUCUCCUCGGGUUUGGAAACUUCCGAUCCGCAGAUGGCAGAACGCUGCAAGCUGGAGAUUCGGACUGGGAGAAAAACCUGUAUCGACAUCCUCGCCGGGUAGGUUUAGUACCAGAAGAUGAGUAUAUUAUGCAACACGACAUAUACAGCCUUGGAGUCUGUCUCCUUGAAGUUGGGCUCUGGGAAACAUUUGUCUUGUACGAUGACCAAGGCGGAAAUCCACGUCCAUCGCCGAUCCUCAACCUCGAACUGGACAACUUGGAACAACUUGCUUCUAUCAAAGAGCACCUCGUUUCACUGACUAGGAAUAUACUUCCCCGGAGAAUGGGAACAAAGUAUGCUCGGGUUGUCGAGACGUGUCUGACGUGUUUGGAUCCGGAUAAUGCCGACUUUGGGGAUGAGCAGGAGUUUCAAGAUGCGGAUGGUGUUCUUGUUGCUGUGAGGUAUAUUGAAAAGGUUCUUCUUCAGCUUGAUGGUAUAUGCCUAUGAGUACUGGUAGAUUGGUGAUAUCUUCGAACGUCAGCUUAUCCACUUGAUAGAAUAUACAGUCAACCCAACUUCUCUUUUAACAAAUCACCC